AUGGAUCAUAAUCUUCAAGAUCAGAGAUAUUCUCGUAUACAUCGUUUUCCAACUGUUUGGGAAGAACAAACUCAAAUAUUAACAACUUUACCGCACUCAGCAUCCACAAUAAUUCAAACGUAUCCAACUACUACAAUAAGUACAUCUCAAAUGCCAGGACCCACAUCAUCAUCCACCUCGUCCAGAGUACCAACACCAACUACGAUCCCCAUUGAUCCAAAUCUUUCAUCAAAAUCAAGAGUUUAUAUAUCGAUGGGAGAACCAUACAAUAGACCAAUUCUUGAUCAUGGAAUGAAAGCUAAUCGUCGACAAGGACGUGAAGAUAUACAAACAACAACCGGAAGUUUUUCACCAACAGAUGAAGAUUUCAAUGAUUUUCCGCGCAUAAAUGAACAACAAUCCAGAAGAACGAGUGGUUAUGUUUCAGUUCCAUCAUCUACUUCUACGAUGCACGCACAAAGUAGCAAAUCUGGUAUAUUAACACACAAAGAACAUUCAAGCACUUCUUUGCCAUAUGCUCAAUCGUUAUCUCAUGGAAAAGAAAUAAAAGAUACGACAAAAACAACAACUUAUCAUACCUCAACAAUGACAUCUUCUUCUCCCACGAGUCGAACAAAGCCUGCCGAUUACUUCACACAUGAAGUAAAAAAUCAGUAUCAACAUGAAGAAGAUCAUUUUUCACCACAACAACAAUCUCUAUCUGUCCCAAAUUUAACAAAGAGUAGUAGUGGUGGAGGCAUUACUCGUAGGCAUUCCUCAAGACGAGAAAAUGAGAAAUAUGAUCCAGUUUCUCUGUCAACAAAUUCGGUAAACCAACGAACGAGUACAAUGUUUAUCGAUGAGCAUACAACACGUCAAAAUGGUGAAAAACAUGAAUUAAAAAUGUUGAAUAAUCGUUUUGAAGAUUAUUUAAAUAAAAUAAAACAUUUGGCUGACAUAAAUUCUAAUUUACGACGACAAAUUAAUGAAGCUUAUAGACGCUAUAUGGGUCGUGCGAUUUAUGAUGCAGAUUUCGAUGAAGAAAGAGAAGGAGAAGACAAUAGCUACGAUAUUGGUCAAAACGAUAGUAAAGAAAAUCUUUCACGAAUAUAUCCAUUGGAUCAAGAAAAAAAGGGAAAAAAACAGAAAAAAUAUUAUCAUCCUCGAGAUCAACAAUUACUUAGUUUACGUGAUGAAAUUAAUGAUGAAGUUCGUCAACAAACACUGACACAAAUUCGUUUACAACGUGCCAAUUAUGAUACUGAAUUUUAUAGAAAUGAAAUCAAAUUUUUAAUUAAUUAUGAUUCAACACAAAAUGAUAAAUUAAAACAAAUGAAACAACAAUUAGAACAAAAUACGUAUGAACUUGAUCAAUUAAAAACACAAUAUGAAAAACGUGAAAAUGAUCUAAUCAGAUUGAAACAAUUGUACGAUGAAUAUAUUACGAAAAUUGUUUAUUUUACUAAUGAAUAUGAUACAAUUACUUUUAAACGGAUGGAAAGUGAAAAUCAAUCGUAUAAUCUUAAUGAACAAAUUGCUUUUGAACAAGAAUAUCGUACUCGUAGAUCUCAAGAAUAUGAAUAUUUAGAGAAAUUUGAAUAUGAUUUUAAUCAAGAAUUUAACAAAAAUGAACUUCAAAAUAUAAUUAAACAGAUAAGGGAUGAUUACAAAGAUUAUAACAAGAUAAGAAUAAAUGAAUUAGAAAAUAUAUAUAAAACAAAACUUAAUGGUAUCAAAGAUGAAUUACAAAAACGACAAAAACAUGAUAAAGAAGAACAAUUGAAACAUCAUGUAGUCACGGGUGAUUUAACAACACUAACAGCCACAAAAGCAAAAGAAUUUAAAAAUGUUUUAGAUGUAACAAAGAAAGAACAUCAAAAUUUAAUUGAACAAAAUUAUGUGUUAAAAACAAAAUUAGAACAAUUAGAACAAGAUUUACAAGAUAUAACUGAGAAAAAUAAACGUUUACAUGAAAAUUCUGAUCUUGAACACAAUAAAUUACAAAAUGAAUUGCCAGAAUUAGAAUGUAUUAUAUUACGUUUAAGAGAAACGACUGUUAGUCUAUGGGCAGAAAUAAAUACUUAUCGCUGUCUAUUAAUAGGCUUAUUAUCACCAACUCAUCCUGCAUUAACUACAGGUGUGCAAAUAACCGAGAAACAAGCUCAAAUGCCACGUGAACUACAACAUAAACCAUCAGUUAUGACGUCUUCGCUAUCAAAGAUAAAACGAGAAGAAUCCUCGGAGAAAAUCACCGCUGAAAAAUAUCGUGUACCUAUAGCAACACCGCCAAUCAGUAAUAUUAAGUCAGUAACAACAUCAUCAAUGACAAAUAAAACUAAAGACCAACGUGAACAAAGUCGACCAAUAGGAAGAUCAGACUCUAUUGUGAUCAAUGGAGAGACACACUCAAGAACACAAAGAGAAUCAGAUGGUACUACAACCGGAAAACAUCCGUACUAUUCUUCAUCUUCUUCUUCUCAAUCGACACGAGCACAACACACAACUACGACAAAUGGUGAUUCACCGACUGUUAUAGAAGUGCCUUAUUCGAAAGCAGGAGAACAAAAAUGGUCUUCACAAAUCGAUAAUCAGCGAUAUUUGAUGAAUCAAUUAGAUGACAAUAGAAAAGUAUUGCCUUCCUCUGAACAAUAUCAUGAUGAAGUAACAGGAUUUACUGUUCACAUCGAAGAUGGUAUUGUAUGGGUACGAAUUUAA